AUGUCAAUGUUAGGAAAUAUAGUAUCUAGCUUUACAAAAGCAGCUAGUUUGAAUCCACACUAUGCUAAUCUCAUGAAGAGAUCUCAAAGAGGUUUAUACGGUGGCAAACUCAUUCAAUAUGGCAACAUUAUCAGUUUUUCACAUAAGAAGACAAGAAGAAAUUGGAAACCAAAUGUUCAAGCAAAGACAUACUUUAGUCAUUUAUUAGACGCAGAGGUUAAAGUUAACGUUACUACAUAUACAAUUAGAUGCAUAGACAAGGCUGGAACAUUUGACAAUUAUAUUUUAAAGACAAAGAACAAGGAUAUGGCAUCCGAAUUGGGAACUGAUCUAAAGUCUGUAUUAAAGAACGUACUCAAACAACAACAAGAAAUUACUCAACAAAUGGCUAUCGAAAAUAACUCUACUUCCUCCUCCUCUACAACCUCAACUUUACUUUAA